AUCAAUGAAUCGGUGCAUUAAGGUGUUUCGAGUCGGUUGAGGCCUGAGGUUCAUUUCCACAAGACUAAAAUUGCUAUUAAAAGAAUGUGCAAAGCAGUAUUUGUUGUAUGGACUGCCUUAAUCAUCAAGACUCCACCGUCUUCCUCUUCCUACAUAUACAACACUUUACAGUGUGCCCUCAGAGUGACACAAGCGCACACACGAGGUAUCCAAGGAAAUGGAAUCGUCGCCGCCGGAGUUCGAUUACUUGUUCAAGCUAUUGUUGAUUGGAGACUCGGGAGUUGGGAAGAGCAGUUUGCUACUUAGUUUCACUUCAGAUGCCUUUGAGGACCUUUCUCCUACUAUUGGGGUGGAUUUUAAGGUCAAACAUGUUACCCUUGGUGGGAAAAAGUUAAAGCUUGCAAUUUGGGAUACAGCUGGGCAGGAAAGAUUCAGGACUCUAACCAGUUCAUAUUAUCGAGGAGCUCAAGGAAUCAUCAUGGUGUAUGAUGUAACUCGACGGGAAACUUUUAUAAAUCUCUCCGACAUAUGGGCUAAAGAAAUUGACCUGUAUUCUACAAAUCAAGACUGCAUCAAGAUGCUUGUUGGUAACAAAGUCGAUAAGGAAAGUGAAAGAGUUGUUAGCAAAAAAGAGGGAAUUGACUUUGCAAGGGAGUAUGGAUGCAUUUUCAUUGAAUGUAGUGCAAAAACUAAGGUGAAUGUGGAGCAAUGCUUUGAGGAACUUGUUUUGAAGAUUUUGGAAAUUCCUAGUCUGUUGGCGGAUGGGUCAGCUUCGGCUGGGGUGAAGCGGAAUAUCUUUAAGCAGAAGCAUCCAGAGACUGAUGCAUCCUCCUCUAAUACUAAUACAAAUACUAGUAGCUGUUGCUGAAGUCAAUGCCAGUCAUCCAUCUUCAUACAUAAUUAUUUAGGGUUUGUAAAUUAGUUCUUAAGAUCACAAAAGGAAUUCUUUUUGUUAUGAGGGACCAACUUUACAAAUAAAAUUAAAUAUGAUAUUUUUUCCAUUA